AUGGCAACAAUAACGCAUAUAACUGAACUGAGGGUAGCAGUAAGAAGUCCAACACGACUUUAUGAUUUAGAUACAUCAAAAUUUUCAAUAUCAUCCAUCAAUGAAAAUAUCACUUAUACUGCUGAUCAGCUUGAUGAAAAACGUGAAAAUAGACGAAUCUAUGAUUAUAUGUGUCGACUUCUUGAAGUUCGAAACUGGAUAGCAGAAUGCCUUCAAAUGGAAAAUAUUCCUGGUAUAACUGAUUUGGAAACCGAUUUAUCCAACGGAGUAUUGUUGGCACAGAUUGGGAAUUUUAUAGAUCCAAAUAUAGUUCCAGUAGGAAAAAUUGUUGAUAUAAAUAGAGAGCAUUAUAACAAACUUGGUCUUAUGUAUCGGCAUACUGAUAAUAUUAUGCUUUGGCGACGAGCUGUUGAAUCGAUCAGAUUUCCCGAGGUAUUUAUACCGGAAACGUCAGACAUUUAUGAGGGGCGUAAUGUUCGAACAAUAUUUUGCAUUUAUGCUUUAGCAAUUCAUCUAUUCCGUCUUCGACGAGCUCCGCCGAUUCGUAGCCAAGCCUACAAUGCGGUAUUCUCACCACAAGCUGUAGAAGAGAUGCGAGAACGUCUAAAGGACAGCACGAUACCAACAUUUUCGGAUGUUAGUGGAGAGUUGUCAAAGACUCCUGCCGCUGAAGCAGAGAAAGCAGUAAAUUUACGGUUUAAGGAAUCACUGAGAGAUCCGGAUUUGCUGUUAGCGUUUUUAAAAAGCCCAGAAGUUGCCCUCUUGUACGUGGACGACAGUCUGAUCAUUCCGUAUCAUGAAGCACUUACUAACCUUCAGAGUACACAACGUGAUGGUGCUGAACCUUCUGUAUCUCAAAUUCAGAAUGUUAUCAUCUCGGUGAAUGAGAAACAAGGCUUACAAAAGUUGGAAACGUUGUUACAAAAAUCACCGGAAUUCGAUUUAGCAGAAAUUGUGACAGUUCUUUACAACUUGAGAAUAGAAGAAAUUAUGGAACAUGCCAAAUCGCUGUAUGCUGAAGAGCUUUUUAAGAAACGACAAAGUUUAGGUGCACCAUUGAGAACGGCUGAGAUUGAGGACGUUAUAGAGGCUGUCAACUUCUGUAUUCGUGUAAAAUUCUGUGUGAUGGAUAACGACGCGGAAAGACUUUACGAGCUUCUGAAUAAUUCACACACUAGUUUCGCAGAGAAAUUAAACGAAGAUUUAAAGUCAGAAUAUUUGGCAGUUUUUCGAGAAGCUUACGCUGGUAAAGACAAAAACUUUAUACUUGGAACAGGAGAGAUUGAAAAACUGGUUGAAAACGCAGGAAAUACACUUUGGCUACGUCGUGCAUGUGAAACCAACGAUGAAGUGCUGCUUGAGAAAGCUGUGGGAGACGUUGAUGGCUUUAAAAAAAAUUAUGCUGCAGCUUAUAUGGUUGCUAUGAAGAAGCUGAACAAUUAUGACUUGACAAAGGCAGCUGAAACAAUUCAAAAAAGAAUAAUUAAAAAGGAAAAUUCUCUGGUGGAGGAGGAACAGAAAAAACAGUCGGAAGAAACUGAAGCAGCUAAAAAAAAAGAAGAAGCAGCAGCCAGGAUACAACCUCAUUCGCCCAAUCCAAGUCUUCGUGUUGUUCGCAAAUUUGUUCCCCAUCUUAUACCUUCCAAAGAAGAUGCAGAAAAAGAAGCAGAAAUUAGUGAAAAUAAAUCACGGGUUACAAAGUUGAUGCACGUGAACCAUCGCUUGAAUGAUGCGAUUCGAGAACUGGAUAAUAAAAUUGGUCUGGUUGUCAAAAACCGUCAAAGCUUAGAGGAAUUGAUGGAGCACCGAGAAAAAGUAAUGAAAGCAACUGCUGAUGAAAGCAUUACCAAGAAAACUUCAUUCCGAAAAAGAGAUCAAGAUCAGUGGAACGGUUUUGAGGUGGUUAUUUAUCACUUGCAAACACAGCCAGAAUAUCUGACUAGGCUAAUCAGAAAUUACAAGGAGAAAGAAGAAGUUGUGACCGAUUUAAUCAGACGACCUAUACUGCCAAUAUUUAACUAUGCUGUCGAAGAGAGAGAAGAAUUUCUUUUUAUUUCCCUAGUGCACCAAAUUAUCAGAGAAGAAAUUUCGACUCUUGCUAAACCAAAUGGGUUGGGGAAAAGCUUUGCUGUUACGGUGACAAAGCUUUUAAAGCGCUUAUUGGUUGAGAAAGCUGUGUUCAAUCCAAAUAUAGCAGAGCUGAGAAGAGAAUUGGGCAAAAAGGAAAAUGCCAUUGAUGUUUUCAACCUAGACGCUGAAGAUAUUUUCGAGUCUAAGAUGCAGCAUAAACCAAAAGACGUCAAGGAGGCUGCCGAAAAUGAGGAGGUCAAAAAAAUUCUUGAAAAAAGUAAGGAGUAUUUGUCCCGCUGGGCUAUCAGAUUUGCCGAAGUAGUUUUCGCUGUGGACCUACCGAUUCCGUCAGUUUGCAUCACAUUAGCAAUUGCGGGAUGGAUUUACAAAAGUUGUUAUGAAGAACAAAUAAUAAUUGGUCAACCCGAUGGCACUAAGAGUCCUUUAGCUGAAGAAACUAAGAAGAUGUUGGCUGCAAUUUCUAAAAUCAUAAUAUUCGGAACAGCGAAUGUUGGAUACGGUAAAGACAAAUGGUAUCUGACAUCGUUAAAUACGACGAUCAAACAAGUCAACGGUUAUGCUUUGACGUUUUUUAAAAAGUUGAUAAAGGGAGAAGCUCAAUACCAGCGUGACAAGUACUCGGACAUUUUAAGUAAACAUCAACCAACGUUACAUAUUUCAUUACAACACCUCAACGUACUGCAUCGUAAUCUUAAAGAAAAUAUUGAUACGAUCUUUAUGGCCAGUGAUGCACCGUUGAAGAAUCUUGUAACACAACUGUCUCCACCAUCUGCCGAUCAAGAAUUGUAUGUUACACUGCACUUGCAUCCGUUGUCAGCCAACUUAAAGAGCGCUGAAGAAGAAGCGGAAGAAAGAUUUGAAAAGACCAAAAAAGGCAUCGUGGAAUGUUUAUUAUGUCAUUGCCCUGGUGAAGAUGUUCCAGCUAUGCUUGAGAGUGACGUUACGGUGAAACAGGAAGACGAGUUCAAACGACUACCUCACGCCGAUGCUUCAACAUCAAAUUUGACGCAACAAAAGGAUAGGAUAGCAGCCAAUCUCAAAGUACUGGAAGGUGCAAAACUAGUAACCAAGGAGAAUAAAUAUCAAAGGAUGGUCAACGAAAUUGCGAAGGACAUUAAUAGAGAACAGCGGUAUAGAAAAGAAAGAGAGGAGCAGUUGGCGAGACUUCGAGAUGCUAUAGUUCAGCUAGAAGAACAAAAAGAGGAAUACAACAAAACGAUGGAGGCUUAUAAUGAAUACUUAAAAAAAUGUUUAGAGAAUUUGUGUUUAACAGUAAGAAGACCUUCGAUCAAACCAGAUUCCGUGAGAGCUAGUAAAAUAAUUGCGCAAAGAAAAUCUUUGGAUGCAGUGCAAAAAUGCAAGUUUGCUACAGAAAAGCUGGAUAAAAAGGGCAUCCUACUCUCAAUUGACGGCACCGACAGUUUAAAAGAGUCAGUUCCAUUAAUUUCUUCUCAAAAAUCACAUAUACUGUUUCCGGAAAGUACUGAUUCCACCAACCCACCAAGUUCAGAAAGAAUUAGGAGGUACAACAAGGCAAUCUUUGAGAUAGCCACAACAAAUCGUCCAGGAAUCUUAUCGUUAACAGUUCAUGAUCAAAAACGACCCAACACUGCAUGUGAAAUAAACUUCCAGGAACUAUUAGAGGCAAAAUAUCGCGAAGAAGAAAAAAUCAAGUACGCUGAAAAAUUCAAUUUCGAUGUCAACAACCUAAUAGCCCUAUUGAACACAAAGUUUUACUUGAAGUAAUG